AUGUCUCAAGAGUUGAGGGAAAAAAUUCUGUCCCUGAAUGGCUACCACAUUUACCACACCGUCUGGACUGUUGCACAUGCUUUAUAUGCAGCCUAUUCUCUCCGGUCCCAGAGAAGGGCCACAAAGAACGGAAACAGACCAGGAGUUCAAACAGUGCAACCAUGGCAGCCCCUGCCAAGUUCUCGGUGUGUGGAUAGUUGCCAGCCUGGAUUUGUCAGACUGCUGGACCCCUUGAAGCCAGCUUGUUGUUACAGUUGUGUUCCUUGUGCAGAAGGGACCAUCUCCACUGAAGAAGAUGCCAAACACUGUGUCAGAUGCCCUGAGGACCAGCACCCCAACAAUGAUCAUGACCAGUGUGUUCCUAAGAUGAUAGUCUUCCUAUCCUACAAAGAAGAUCUGGGGAUCAUCCUUACUUCUUUCACCCUACUUUUCUCUUUGAUCACCUGCUUUGUUUUAAGCACCUUUGUUAAGUAUCUGGAAACUCCAGUAGUCAAAGCCAACAACCGGGACCUGUCCUACCUGCUCCUUAUUUCCCUCCUGCUUUCCUUCUUGUCUUCCUUCCUCUUCAUUGGCCAGCCAAGGAGAGCCACCUGCCUCUUGAGACAAUCAGCCUUCGGCAUCAUUUUCUCAGUGGCUGUCUCUUCUCUCUUGGCCAAAACCAUUAUGGUUGUGUUGGCUUUCCUAGCCACCAAGCCAGGAAAUAGUGUGAGGAAAUGGCUGGGGAAGCCUUUGGGCAAUUCCAUUGUUUUUUCUUGCUCUGUUGUUCAAGUUACGAUCUGUGCCAUCUGGCUGAGCACCUCUCCUCCAUUUCCUGAUUUGGAUAUGCAUUCCCAGGCAGGAGAGAUUGUCCUGCAGUGCAAUGAAGGCUUAGUUGCCAUGUUUUAUACUGUGCUUUGCUAUAUGGGUUUCCUGGCAGCUGUUUGUCUGGUGGUGGCAUUCCUGGCCCGGAGGCUGCCUGGGGCCUUCAAUGAAGCCAAGCUGAUCACCUUCAGCAUGCUGGUCUUCUGCAGUGUUUGGAUCUCCUUUGUGCCCGCCUACCUCAGCACCAAGGGCAAGUACAUGAUAGCUGUGCAGGUCUUCUCCAUCUUGGCCUCCAGUGCUGGACUGCUGGGUUGCAUCUUUUUCCCCAAGUGCUACAUUAUUCUUUUUCGACCUGAUUUGAAUAGAAAGGAGCAGCUCAUUCUCAAAAGCUAAACAGAAAUGUGGUUUUAAGUGUGUACAAAUUAGAAGCACAAAUGGACCCAUUUUAGUUCCCCCAACCAUUUGUAGACCGAAUAUGAUAAUUUUUUUUCGAGAAGCUCAUUGUGUCUGUUUUCCACUUCGAUUCUAAAGAUCAUCCAAUUUCUUUAAAAAAAAAAACCUGUUCUUUUCAAGUUAUUGUAGAAUCAGAACUUUACAUUUUUCCAAAAACAAAAAGAUGUCAAAAGAUGAAGGAAGAAGUAAAGAAAUAACAAUAAAGACCACUGUAGAAACCAGUC